AACGUUGGGUCCUGAGGUGUACAACGUAAGCAGGAGCGCUGCUCUGUGUCCUGUCAGAGCUGCCCGGUCAGCCUGGGGCGUAGCCGGCGCGGAGCGGCCCCGUAGGGUGGCCUGUCCUCCCCUGGGGUGCCUAGCCACGGCUGUUGGAUAAGUGUCAGAAAAGGAGUGAGUUGGGGGCGAGUAUUCCGAAAAGAACAGUUUGACAUCGAGAAGCUGAAGUACUCCAAUCUGAGCAGGCCCCAUGAAGGUGCAAGAUGGUCUUUCCAGCCUUCACAACUAGGGCAUGGUCCGGGUGUGAUUUGUGCCGUACAAGCUCCUAAGCUGUUUGUCCAGUUGUGUUAGAAAACAGUCUUAAUUCCCCUGUAAUGAGAUGUGACUAUUCUUAUUUCCAGGUGGAACAAAAAGCUCAACAAAGUUAUGGCAACGUGUAUUAGUUCUUAGUCCUGUGCUUUUGUGUGUGUUUCUAAGCCCAGAGUUAGGGCAGUGGAUGUAGUUAGUAAAAAUGGAAAAUGUGUUAUAUGGCUGCCUUAGUGUUAGCUUUUUAUGUCAAAGUUGGAGGGACUGGUCAAAUUGGCUUCUGUGUUCAGGACAUGGAGCCUACUAUUGAUUGCGAAUUGCUAUAGGUGACCUUGGAUCUUAUCGACUGCUUUGUCCGUGGCUGCUCUCAGAGGCCUCCUGAAGUGUUUUGCACAUUGAGGUUUUGUUCAAUCCCCUAAUUGCGUUCCAUGCGGGUAGUCUUUGGACUGGUGACCUGUUUAACCUGGUGGUUGUGAGGAACGAGCUGCUGAAAGAAAAUCUGUUUUAGUUGUAUACUCGAAGUUCUCAUUUCACUAGAUUUCAGGCAUUCUUUUUUCAGAAGUAGAUGUAAAGCUGGAACCUGUGCACCAAGGAGAAAGGAGGUUUCAGUUACUCUUCAGCAUCUAAUGAGCACAUCUUGGAGGAAAAAAAGGACUUUUCUGUCUAUUUGCUUUGUAUCUUUAGCUGAUAUAGUUGACGGAUAAACACGUGUAAGGCAUACUUCCUCUAGCAGCGUAAGGGAGGGCUUUAUCUGUCUUCGUCUGAGGUGAAGGGCAGCAAGAAAUUUCCCAUUUUUUUCCAUCAGUACUGAAGAGACACUCAGACUAAACAAUCCUUUGCAAACCUGUGCAUUGUUAUUGGUGAAAUUUGUCUGUUAGCUAUUUCUUAAUGGCAAUGCGAACCCUAAGCACCCCAAUGAAUGGGCUGGCAGGUUUGUUUGGCUUUAAUAUAGGCUUGAACUACAGCUAUAACGCUGUGCUGUAGUACCAAUGCUUAACAAAUUACAGGGGACCAGUUGAGAGUCAGCGAUGUUAAUUGAGGCCACGAGACCUAUCGCUGGCAUGGAAGAAAGCUGCUGUUGCAAAGGUCUGGGUUAACCCAGACACUGGUGCUCACAGCUGCUACCAAGAAGCCCUCUGUCUUCUGACAUAAAAAUGAUGUUUUGCAAAACUUGUGCUCCCACGUCAGGAUCCCGAGAGGUGCCUUGUCUUCGGUAGCAGCAUAUGUUGGGUUUCCACCUAUACUUAAGAUAGCAUUAGUACCCUCAAAUAUGCCCUCGUGUACUGUAGUAAGGACGCGGCAUGCUCUUGUAUGGCAUCUGAUCAAACUGUAUCCUGUUGAGACCUUAUGAUAUAAUGGGUUAUAUGCAAAAUAUUUGGUAUUCCUGUAGGAAUGAGAGUUAUAAGGAAGAGGAGGAGGAGAGAGUAGGUUAACGCUGACUGCUGACUUGCUGGAAGCUUUUGGAAAAUGGCCUCUCCGUUCGCUGGGCCCACAGCAGUUGCUGAUGUAAUUAAAGAUCUAGACACUCAGAUAGCUUUGAUUGGUUUGGGUCCCCACAACCCCAAGAAGAAGCAGGACCUAGAUAAGCUUUAUGAUCUAAAAGCUAAAGCCCAACAGAUUAUGAACCAGUUUGGCCCAUCUACCUUGAUCAACCUCUCCAACUUCUCCUCGAUAAAGCCGGAACCGGCCAGCACUCCCCCACAGAGCUCCAUGGCGAACAGCACCACUGUGGCAAAGAUGCCUGGGACGCCCAGCGGAGGAGGACGGCUCAGUCCUGAAAGCAACCAGGUUUUAAAAAAGAAGAAACUGCAGGACCUGGUGCGUGAGGUGGAUCCAAACGAGCAGCUGGAUGAAGAUGUGGAAGAAAUGCUGUUGCAGAUCGCCGAUGAUUUCAUAGAGAGCGUGGUGACGGCCGCCUGCCAGCUUGCACGGCAUCGCAAAUCAAACACCCUGGAAGUGAAAGAUGUCCAGUUGCAUCUUGAACGUCAGUGGAACAUGUGGAUCCCGGGCUUUGGUUCUGAAGAAAUCAGGCCCUACAAAAAAGCCUGCACUACAGAAGCUCACAAACAGAGAAUGGCAUUGAUCCGCAAAACUACCAAGAAAUAGCCCCUGGGAAGAGCUGCGAGAUGACACCAGUGCAUUUUGGGAUAUCUGCCUCUCCACUGAAGCCUCCACGAUGCCAUCCAUGGGAUAUUUUUUUUAAUGCUUACAGAGAAGCAUAUAUUUUUUAUUAACGGUGCAGCAAUAUCUGACUUUAUGAGGAGAUCUGCCAAAAACGUUCUACGCCUCCUUCCUCAUCCCCCCAAGAGCGCAACGUAUCUCAAAACAAAGACUUUUAUUUGUGACUUGAAAGUGGUUUAUCGUAUAAGUGAUUAUCCAAGGGACAGAGCAUUUGAUCUUGUGUGGGACAGUAUUAGAAGCAUCUGUAGAGGUUUCUGUUUCCUCCUUCCCGCCCCUACCUGUUCCAGUCCUUUGUAAUGUCAGUGUUUAUAUAAAUACUUCCGUUUGUUUUACAUGAAUAAAGAAAUUAUUAAUCUAAAA